AAGUGCGGGCUCUCCGCGGUUUUGCGUGUGAGAGAUGACCUCCGCUUGGAGGACCAGAACUGGCUCGAAACAGAGGAAAGAAAUGGUUUGCAGCAGAUUGUUGCCUGAAGGAGUUAAGAACAGCGAAAGCAGGCUGUUUUGGAGUUAUAGCGAUAAUUAAAAACGAGUCUAUCGGUGCACCCAGUCAGCCAUUAGUGACGACGGCGGAAACCUUCCUGUAGGAUCGAUUAAAAAAAAAACAUUUAUAUUGCAACAACAACAAAAAAAAACAGCCCACACAACAGUGCAUAUAACACCAUCAGGGGUAUAUAAUACAGAUGAAUUUUAUAAAAGAAGAAAAGUGAGGUAAAUAAAGAUCGGGCUCAUUUCCAGCACAUGGUUCCCCUGCAGGGUUGACCCGCCGCGCGACCCUGAGCUCGAGCCCCCCGGGCCGGGGCGCUCGCGGUGCUGCUCGCGAGCCGGACCCGGGUGUCUCCAGUCUGAACCCAGACUAGCGCCACAGAAACGUUUUAAAACCGCGCCCAUCGCUUAUAAAAAUCAAAAUCGACGUUUUAUAAAACCAAGCUGAGAACAGUACUCGGAAAGACGCCGUCUAAGGCGGUAUCAACUCCCACAGCUGCCACGAUGAAUUCAGGGAUCAGGGCAGAUUACAACAACAAGACGUACGCCUCUGUGUUCAGCAGGCAGCCUCCGCGGAUCCUCGUUGUGGACGUGUCUCCUCCAUACUGGUCAGACACCUGCUCCAACCUCUGUGAAGCUCUGGAGAACUUCUUCGCGCUGACCUCCAGCCUGGCUGGACCCUGCCGACUGCCCUUGCUCAGCCUCUAUGUUGUCCACAGCCAGCAGGAGUGUCUCCUGCCCUUCACCCCGGUGAAAGGUAACUUCCCUCGGCUGCACUCCUGCGUCACAGAGCUGCGCUCAAUGCCCAAGGAGGGCAGUGUGCAGCAGAAGUCGGACUCCUUCAAGCAGGCUGUGGAAGACGGCGUGCAGCAGUUCAAGCAGUACAUGGGUCACCUGACUGUAGGAGGCUCUCUCAGCAGCUGCUCUGUGGAGAUCACUCUGCUGACCAGCCAGAUGGGCAGGCGUGUGGUGAGUCUGCUGGAGUCGGGCCUCAGGGACACUGACCUGGUUAGACUAAGGAAGCUGCAGGUCAUCCACAUCUCCCAAGGGAGAGCUCUGCUGGGGGCGAACAUGGACUGGACCCCUGAGAUGCUGUCCGGAGAAGGGAUAGAUACAGAGAGUGGUCUUCACCUGGGCGUGGAGAUUGACCUGCAGACAGUGGAGAACGAUGCCGUGAGCCUGGAGAGCUUCUUCAAGGCCUGGCUGCACGACACUGGAGCGGACAAGGAGCACCUGCACCUGCUGCUCCCAGCCCCGCCAGCAGGGGGCAGAGCUGACGGACCCCCACACAAGGCCGCCCCAGUCUGUCUAAAGUGUGAUGUCCAAGAGAGACUCCUCAGCCCCGCUCUGUUGCCUGGUCCUGAUGGCAUCACGACGAAGACUGAGAGCAUCAAAGACGUGCUCCAGCCCAGCAAGGGGCCCGGCAAUCGUACUGCCCCCCUGUACCGCCUCAGGGUUAUCAAAGCCCUGAAGUCAGAGGGAAUGUGUGAGUCAGUCUCCUAUGGGGUUCCACUCAUCAUUAGGCCCACGACCUGCUGGCAGCUGGACUGGGAUGAGCUGGAGACCAACCACCACAAUUUCCACGCUCUGUGCCAUACUCUCAGAAAUCGGGAAUGGUUUCUGCUAGCACGAUCUGAGCCCCAGAGCUUGGGUCCCAGCUGGAGCACCAAGGUGUACUCUUACUAUGUCAUCCAGCCUUCGGAGUCCCUCACUCUGCUUCUGAAGCCUGUGGCUGUGAGAGAGCUGCUGCUGCCCUGCCACCUCCCCAUUGCCAGUGAGGAGCCCCCAGAAACGGCCCUCCUCCGAAUGCAGCGCUCUCUAGACGUGCUGGAGGAGGACCCUGCCUACAACCCGCUGUGUCUGAAGAGCAACCUGUACCAGCACCUGCGGAGGGUCCUGGCCCACAAGCCCUGCCGCCCACUCGGGCAGCGCAGGGAGCAGCGCCCCCCAGAGACGCCCUCUCCCCGACAGCCAAGCCGGGCAUUCCAGAACAAAGUCAGGGCGACCGUGGCGCCUCUCCCAUCAGCCCCCAGGACCUUCCGCCCGCCUCUCGCCAUGAACCGCUCGGACAGCCUCUGCCUCUCCGAUGACGACGAGCUGCUGGCUGCACUCUAGCGCCUCUCUGGGACACGGGGGGAGGUGGGCUCAGCUGCUGUCUUUCUCACCAGUGCAGUGCGUUAUCUCCCACUUUGGUUCUCAAAGUGCCCAUCUGCGGACUUGCUUCUCUCUAACACGAUGGAAGUUUGAAAACACGUGAGUAUCCUACUGACCACGCGGCCAAAACCUUGAAAUGAGCAUGUGUCCAGCAGAGCCCAGACACUUUGUGUUUUCCUUGGCAGUGGGUACACUACCGACACCUCAGAUCCUGCAUCCCUGAGCCCUGAGCCACACCUGGCUGGCUUCAGUCAGCCCUGCUCUAACCUGGAGAGGCGGUUCAGUCUGAUCGUUCCUCGCAGGCAUGGCCUACCUGCCCCGCCACUGAUUAUACAGGUUCAAUAGGACGAGUCUCUCAAAUUUCAGCACAAAUCCAAAAACAUCAGGGACAAACAAAACCCUAAAAAAACAUUAUUAUUGUAUCCUUUUAUAUCACUGAGAAUUCUGUCUUUGAUCUUACUUAAUGCACUGCUUAUCUCGUAAAUUACGAUCUGGACUUUGACUUCGACAAAGCAGAAACAAUGAGAAUUCUUGUAAUAGAAGAUUCAAGUUUGUGCAAGAUCUGCUGCCUUUAGGACUUUAGGAUGUGGCAGCGGUAGAUUAUUUUAAAAAGUCAGUUACCAAACCUUCGCGGUUUCUUAGAUCUUAGAUUAGGCUUUUAUCGGUGGCGUGGACCUGAAAUGGUCUGGCCGGUCAAGAAGCAAUUCACCGACAAUCAAAAGCUAAUUCUACUGUGGAUAAUUUUUAUUGUUGAUGUCGUCCAGAGAUAAUUUCAACCAGUAGGUCGGAGGAUGAUGUCACAGUCGUGUUUAAAAGUCAACGUAGGAGUAUUACGCAGUUUAAGAUGUGUAGGUCAAAGACAAUCCAGUGUAACAAUAAAGCACGAGCCAAGGGCCUCUCAUAAUCACCCCUUUCACAGCCUCCGGCAUUUACAUACAGGCCUGAACUGGAGGUCAGACUGAAUAGUGUUCAGACUGAGUCAGGGUCACCGGCCUCUUAUGGAAACACUCACGUCUUCACAGCAGAACCCGCCGCCCGCUGUAAAGACUGUAUGUAUGGAGUAACUUUCUGAAAAGAACACAUUUAAAUAUGUGAGAAUAUGCUCGUGUUUGGUGAUUGUACAUGCUUUUCCAUUUACACCAAUGGUCUAGGUUCCACAAGUCCCGCAUUUGCUGUUUUGAAAGGAAAUUCAUUCGUUUACCACGCAAAUGUUCUUGUUGCGGCUGGUUUGUGUUUUUUUUUUGCUAUUCUGAAACAUUUUUUAAAAAUAUAUAAUAUUGAUGCAGUUGAACAAAAAAAGCCUUUAAACUAUGCCUCGACUCCUUCAAGGGUGAUUUGAAGGAGUCAGUCAUUUGCAUUUCAGUCCAGAGCCUUACAGAUUGAAGAGGAGAGGUUCAUCAUCGUUUCUCUUGGCUUUCAGUGAUUCAGUUAUAAUUAGUGAAGAGAACUUCACAGAAGGGUUGCCGUAAGUACAUGUUAAACACAUGAGCACAUUGUCCCACUAGGUAAUGCUGCCAGCAGCGUUGUUUACACUGUUCCAUUAGGCAGUUUCCCAGUUAGUACCUGCUGCAUUUGCAAGGUGUAACUCAGUGACUCAGCACUGAUGAUAGCAACACAAGAUAAGAAUCUCAAGAUAAGAGGCAGAUAACUAUUGAAAUCUAUUGUUUUCAGAGAAAGAAGUAGCACUCAUAAACUAUGUUCCCUUUUUUUCUUUUAACAGUGUCACAUUAAAACUUGCAAUGGGUUUUAAUAACCCUAAAGCUAUUAUUAUAACUAUUGUUUAAUAACAUUUAUUCUCAGUGGAUAGAAACUAGUGUAUAAAGACAUUGUAGUGAACUACAACUGAACAAUUUUCAACAAAAAUAUCUGUUGAGAAAUGUAGUUUAAAUCUCAGAGGUACUUAAUUACUGUUUGAGAUUAAAUGGUAUUUCCCGUUCUGUUUUUCAUGCUCUCUUGACAGCAGUUUAGAUAUGUUCCUUAUUUAUCCAUAUUACAGUCCACAGCCAUACCAAUAUUUGUAUGUUAUUUCACUGUUCUGUGAAGUGUAUUAAUUCUACUUGUCCAUAUUUCUUCAGAGGAAGUAAAACCUUAAUUUUUAAAAUUAAUUUUAGUUCACUUAAAAAGUGGAGAUUGUGUGUUUGCUUUUUAAAUGUAUGUUUUGUAUUUAUGGAAGAUGUUCUCUGACCAUUGGCCUUGAAGUUGUGUUGUGUGAUUUUAAGAGUUUUUCCUUUCCCACUCUAGGAGGGAAGGUUUGAUUGUUGUGUGGUUUAUGGAAUUAUUUUGUUUUAUGGUAAUUCUUUAUUAUUUUGCAUUGGCAAACAGCUCUCAUUAAAAGGU